AUGACCAGGGAGAUCAAGGAGAAUACAAAGACUCUCGGGCUGCAGCAGGCACCCAGACAUCACAGAGAUAAUAGAGGAUCCCGAAAAGAAGUCAGCAAGUUACAAAGGAGGAAUGGGCAAGUAAAAGAUCUCCUGAAAGUGGGACGCCAACUGUUAAAGGGAGAUUCUCGCCUCAGGAUGCCUGCAACCUCAAGCUCAGCCUUGCGCGUGGUCCGUGAGAAAGCCACGGCUCCAACUGCAAAUCUGAGGAUUAAAACCAAUUUUAGCUCUUCAAGCAACACAGGCUGUACCUCAGUGCCUGAAGCCCAUGUGUCGGCUGCUGGAAGCAAAAGGUCUUUUUCUCACAAUUGUGGCCUUCAUGGUCAGAAUAAUGGAUCCUUAUCCAACAAGUCCAGACCCAGCCCACCUGCUUCCCGUGAAAAGGCCCCUUUGUCAACACUGAGCAAAACCCAGCCGAGUCCUGCGAACACCCGUCAGAAUUAUGGGGCUUCUUUAGCCAGCAGAAGCAACUCAGGCUCAAACAAAGGAAGUGACAGCAGCCAAGUGACGAGGCGAUCAGGGAAAUCUAUUUCUUGUGGUCACAAUUGCAGCACUAAGCCAGAAAAUCCGGAGCGGUAUUUGACUCCUCUGCAGCAGAAAGAAGUUACAAUACGGCAUUUGAAAAAAAAGCUGAAGGAAUCCGAGUGCAAAGUUACAGAAAGGGAAAGAGAAAUCGAAAAGCUCAAAGCUCAGGUGGAACGUAUGAAGGAAGACUGGAUCGAAGACGAGUGUAAUCAUGUGGAGAUGGAGCUGAGCCUCUUGGAAGCAAGGAGGGAAAUUAAAGAACUCAAGCGAGGUAUUGAGAGCAUGAAGAAGAGCUUGGCUGAGAAAGACAAAAAAUUUCAGAAAUACUUCCUAGACGUAAGCAUUGAAAACAAGAAACUGGAAUCUUUGGUGUCGAGCAUGGAGAUGGCCCUGAAGAGCUCUGUGAGAGAUGAGCAGCGCCCAGAGUACACAUGUGACUCUGAGGGGAAGCCGUUGUGUACCACGAUGCCAGACAGCCCCACCACAGAGGACCAAGCUCUGGAGGAGCUGGCAGGUAGUGGGCUGUUUCUUCAUGAGGACACAGCUAACGGGACUGAUUUAUUUGAAGAGAGUUUGACCACCACAACCUCUGAGUUGAGUGAUUCAGCUCCCUCCAAUUCUAUUGUGAAUCAAGAGAUGCUUGAAAAUGUUCUGGGUGAGAAACUAACUUUUUCCCAGGAGGAGGAGGAGAAAGUCAGAAACAUGAUGGUGGAGCAGACCAUCCAGACUGAUGUGGUGCCAUAUAGCCUAGAAGGGGAGCAGUUCAUUCAAAACAUGCCAGAGCUCAGAGCUCAAGAUGCCUGUCCUCUAAGCCCGCCUUCUUCCCUGAAGGAAUUGGGUCAAUUUCUUGAAAGCCUCAGUGAUUCUGGUAUCGUAGUGGACUUAACUCCAGGUGAGCCAAACUCUACCAUCCUUUUGUCUCCUGUGACACCUCCAUGCAGGAAGGUGGAGCACGGAGUUAAUGAAAACCAUUUUGUGAAAGAACUUGAUUUUACAGAACCUCACGAUGAUGAAGUCUUUGGGUACGUCAAUACUGUUUCUCAGACAGGAAUAAAGAAGACAUACUGGAGCAGCAGACUCGCCAGCGAUCUGGCUGUAGCAGCCCCUGUUGUACCAACUAUCAUGUGGGCUUUCAGCACUCAUGGAGCAGGAAGAGAUCUCAUUUACAGUACUGGAGCGUUGUUUUGCAGUUCUGUCCUAGUCCACCGUUUUGCUCUUGACUAUUUGAUUUGCCCUAUAAAUCGGUUUGAAAACAUGUUACUUGUUUCAGAAUGGAAAAGUUGUGGCCUUCAUGGUCAGAAUAAUGGAUCCUUAUCCAACAAGUCCAGACCCAGCCCACCUGCUUCCCGUGAAAAGGCCCCUUUGUCAACACUGAGCAAAACCCAGCCGAGUCCUGCGAACACCCGUCAGAAUUAUGGGGCUUCUUUAGCCAGCAGAAGCAACUCAGGCUCAAACAAAGGAAGUGACAGCAGCCAAGUGACGAGGCGAUCAGGGAAAUCUAUUUCUUGUGGUCACAACUGCAGCACUAAGCCAGAAAAUCCGGAGCGGUAUUUGACUCCUCUGCAGCAGAAAGAAGUUACAAUACGGCAUUUGAAAAAAAAGCUGAAGGAAUCCGAGUGCAAAGUUACAGAAAGGGAAAGAGAAAUCGAAAAGCUCAAAGCUCAGGUGGAACGUAUGAAGGAAGACUGGAUCGAAGACGAGUGUAAUCAUGUGGAGAUGGAGCUGAGCCUCUUGGAAGCAAGGAGGGAAAUUAAAGAACUCAAGCGAGGUAUUGAGAGCAUGAAGAAGAGCUUGGCUGAGAAAGACAAAAAAUUUCAGAAAUACUUCCUAGACGUAAGCAUUGAAAACAAGAAACUGGAAUCUUUGGUGUCGAGCAUGGAGAUGGCCCUGAAGAGCUCUGUGAGAGAUGAGCAGCGCCCAGAGUACACAUGUGACUCUGAGGGGAAGCCGUUGUGUACCACGAUGCCAGACAGCCCCACCACAGAGGACCAAGCUCUGGAGGAGCUGGCAGGUAGUGGGCUGUUUCUUCAUGAGGACACAGCUAACGGGACUGAUUUAUUUGAAGAGAGUUUGACCACCACAACCUCUGAGUUGAGUGAUUCAGCUCCCUCCAAUUCUAUUGUGAAUCAAGAGAUGCUUGAAAAUGUUCUGGGUGAGAAACUAACUUUUUCCCAGGAGGAGGAGGAGAAAGUCAGAAACAUGAUGGUGGAGCAGACCAUCCAGACUGAUGUGGUGCCAUAUAGCCUAGAAGGGGAGCAGUUCAUUCAAAACAUGUCCAGAGCUCAGAGCUCAAGAUGCCUGUCCUCUAAGCCCGCCUUCUUCCCUGAAGGAAUUGGGUCAAUUUCUCUUGAAAGCCUCAGUGAUUCUGGUAUCGUAGUGGACUUAACUCCAGGUGAGCCAAACUCUACCACCCUUUUGUCUCCUGUGACACCUCCAUGCAGGAAGGUGGAGCACGGAGUUAAUGAAAACCAUUUUGUGAAAGAACUUGAUUUUACAGAACCUCACGAUGAUGAAGUCUUUGGGUACGUCAAUACUGUUUCUCAGACAGGAAUAAAGAAGACAUACUGGAGCAGCAGACUCGCCAGCGAUCUGGCUGUAGCAGCCCCUGUUGUACCAACUAUCAUGCGGGCUUUCAGUACUCAUGGAGCAGGAACAGAUCUCAUUUACAGUACUGGAGCGUUGUUUUGCAGUUCUGUCCUAGUCCACCGUUUUGCUCUUGACUAUUUGAUUUGCCCUAUAAAUCGGUUUGAAAACAUGUUACUUGUUUCAGAAUGGAAAAGGUAA